CUGUUUGCUUCUGCAAGUAAUAUUAGUGAGUCUGGUUUGUUUUUUUUUAAGUAAUUGUACUCUGAGAUCGCAAAUCUCUUUUUUUUUAAAUAAGCUGUGUUUAUAUCUUGUCAUGUCCGCUCGAGCACGCCUGUCUCAUAAAAGUCAAAUACUCGAUAGUCCUUCAAAACCUCCUCACAAAGAUCAUGAGCACUCGAUUAACCUGAAAGACAAAGCUGCAAAACUUCAGGAUGAGCCCCUUCUUCGUGAAAAUCCCAAUCGGUUUGUCAUCUUCCCAAUUCAAUACCAUGAUAUCUGGAAAAUGUAUAAAAAGGCAGAAGCAUCAUUCUGGACUGCUGAAGAGGUUGACUUGUCAAAAGACCUAGCACAUUGGGAAUCUCUGAAACAGGAUGAAAAAUACUUUAUUUCACAUGUCUUGGCAUUCUUUGCUGCCAGUGAUGGGAUUGUAAAUGAGAACCUGGUGGAACGAUUCAGCCAGGAGGUCCAGGUCACUGAAGCUCGUUGUUUCUAUGGUUUCCAAAUUGCCAUGGAGAAUGUUCAUUCAGAGAUGUAUAGUCUCCUCAUUGAUACCUACGUCAAGGAUCCCAGUGAGAGGGAGUUCUUGUUCAAUGCCAUUGAAACAAUGCCAAGUGUCAAGCAGAAGGCUGACUGGGCCUUGCAAUGGAUUGCUGAUCAAGAAUCCACAUUUGGGGAGCGUGUGAUUGGCUUUGCUGCUGUUGAGGGAAUCUUUUUUUCUGGUUCCUUUGCUGCUAUUUUCUGGUUAAAGAAGCGAGGUUUGAUGCCAGGUCUGACUUUCUCCAAUGAGCUGAUCAGCAGGGAUGAGGGUCUGCAUUGUGACUUUGCAUGCCUUAUGUUCAAACACUUGGUUCACAAGCCAUCAAAAGCAAGAGUCAUAGAAAUUAUCUCUGAGGCAGUGAGGAUUGAAAAGGAGUUUCUGACAGAGUCUCUCCCUGUGAAUUUGAUAGGCAUGAAUUGCACCCUGAUGAAACGUUACAUUGAAUUUGUAGCUGACCGCCUGCUAUUGGAGCUGGGCUUUAGUAAGAUUUUUAAAGCAGAAAAUCCUUUUGACUUCAUGGAAAACAUUUCCCUGGUGGGGAAGACCAACUUCUUUGAAAAGAGAGUUGCUGAGUAUCAAAGGAUGGGAGUGAUGUCAAGUGCAGAAGAUAAGAACUUCACAUUGGAUGCUGACUUUUAGUCUGUUUGGAUACAAUUUAUUUUUAAAAACAAAUAUUUGCUUUGUUUUAAUGUAUAUAGCCAAUAUUCAACAGCUGGCUUUUGCAUCUGACCUUGGAAUGGCUCUUGACUGUACUACCAAGCUUGUAAUGUGCCAUGAGAAUUUUUGGUUUACUUUGGAUAACAGACAGAUUUGCUACAUUUAAAAUGCAGGAGGAAGUGGCUUCUUAAAAAGGCUAACUAUAGUCUGCCUGAGUGAAGAAUUAAUCUAAAUGUUUGUAGGCUUCCUUUUUAUUUAUUUGCUAUUCUUGAAUUUCAGUUGGACUAGUGAUGGUACCUAAAGCCAUUGUAAGCCACCUAGAUCUCUGAGAUCAUGUACUUCUCACAACAGGCUUCCCUGGCUUAACUGCCCCUUAUGUAAUGCAGUUCAUUCACUUGCAUACCAAUUAAUCUGUCAUCCAUUUGUGUGUAAUGAAAGAACCGGAUCUGGCUAAAAUGGUGUAGGCAAUUCAUUAUUGGCAGUGGAAUUUUUGAUCAGUGCAAAAAUGAAAAAGCACUUGAUAUUCAAAUAUUAAAUGGCUUGGAAGUUUUUAAAAGUCUCUACCCUGCAGCAGCUAUUCAAACAAAACUGCCCAGUGGAUUUUAGUGGCCUUUAUGAUGAAGCUCCCUUGUAAUACUGGUGUCCCAGUUUGCAGACUGGUGUUAACAUGAAUCUAGCACAUAAAGUUGUUGGUUUUAAACCCUUGACCUUGGAGAUGGUGAGAUGAAAUGAAAUUUGCUUGAGUUGGCCUAAACAUCACUAAACAGUGAUGGCGGUAUGUUGUCCUCCAUAUUUAAAAUUUGCUUACAUUAACUUAAACCCAAUAUUCUGCCACCUGAGGAUAAUGCCCAGCUGAUACUGUAUUGUUUAGUUCUAAUGAGUGAGGAUUAACUUCUGUGUUAGGAGUUGUUUACUGAUAUUUGGUUAAAACCUACAAACCAUGCUUUAAGUUCUUCCUUCUAGAAUUGUGGAAUGAAUUGUGAGUGGCCUAUCAACCUUAUUUGGUUGAGGUCUAAUGGAUCAAGUUACUGUAAGAAUGUUGUAUUUUAGCUUUCUGUCCAUGUUGCACUUAUUCCUGGAUGAUCUCAAAUGUAAGACUUUAGGAACCUGGUAUAAAUGAGUUUUUAUUUUUUAAAAUCUGACCAAACAAAGCCAUUUGAACAUCAAUAAGAAAACAGGUUACAGCUUGAGUUCUAUGGACAGAAUUAUACAAAUGACUUUUUUUAAACUUUGGCCUCCAGCGCUAGACUGGCCCUGAAACUUGCCAUAACAAAUGCAAGGAAGAUUACCUGGAAGAGAAUGGAAUUAUUCUAAAUACAUGUCUGUGUUUUCACAAUUUGACCUGCUUGUGGAUUUUAGACUUGACCUGUUUUUAAUUUGGCUUUUGCAAUUUAAUAAAGUUGGUAUUAAA